AUGGAAUUCCAUUCAGAUGACAAGGCGUAUGAAUUUUAUUCAGAGUAUGCCAAACAAAAAGGAUUUGCUGCCUCAAAGGUAUCUUGUCGUCGGUCAAAGACAUCCGGAGAAUGGAUUGAUACAAAAUUUGCUUGUACAAGGUAUGGGAAAAAACGAAAAUCUGAUGCUAUUAACCCACGGCCUUGCUUGAAAAUAGAUUGCAAAGCAAGCUUGGAAGUCAAAAGAAGGUAUGAUGGAAAAUGGUUUGUUUGUAAUUUUGUCAGAGAGCAUAACCAUGAUCUCUAUCCAGAGCAUAUACACUACUUUCCAAGUAAUAGAAGAAUCAACAGUGCCGACAAGUAUAAUAUUAAUGCUUUGCAUUCAGUUGGAGUGAAGCCAAGUAAAAUUUUUGCUGCAAUGGCCAAACAAUACGGAGGAUAUGAGAAAAUUGGGUUUUUAGAAAAAGACAUUAGAAAUCAUCUAGAUAAGGAACGUCGUUUGGCACUAGAAUCCGGGGAUGCUAAGGCAAUGCUUGAGCUUUUCACGAGAAUGCAAGAAGAGAAUCCUAACUUUUUUUAUGCAAUGGAUUUGGAUGAAGAACAACGUUUGGUAAAUGUGUUUUGGGUCGAUGCAAAAGGCCGAGAAGACUACAAAAUUUUUGGUGAUGUCAUUUCGUUUGAUACAACAUAUAUCACCAACAAAUAUAAGAUGCCUUUCGCUCCUUUUAUUGGAGUGAAUAAUCAUUCUCAGUCUACAUUACUUGGAUGUGCACUACUUGCGGAUGAAACUACUUGUACAUUUGUUUGGUUAAUGAAGACAUGGAUUAGAGCUAUGGGUGGGAAAGCUCCUAGUGCUAUACUAACUGACCAAGAUCAAGCUAUGAAAGCAGCCAUUACGGAGGUUUUCCCAAAUGCUCGUCAUCGUUUCUGUUUAUGGCAUAUAUUGAGAAAGAUCCCUCAAAAGCUUGGUGAAGUUUUGAGAAAGCAUGGAAAUUUUAUGGGAAUGUUUAAUAAUUGCAUCUACAAUUCAUGGACAGUAGAGGACUUUGAGCAAAAAUGGCAGAAUAUGGUUGAAGUGUUUGAGCUUGAUAACAAUGAGUGGAUUAAAUCUUUGUUCGAAGACCGCAAGUUUUGGGUUCCCACUUACAUGAGAGAUGCAUUUUUUGCUGGAAUGUCUACAACUCAGAGAUCUGAAAGUAUCAAUUCUUUCUUUGAUAAAUAUGUAAACAAGAAGACUACAUUGAAAGAGUUUGUUGAGAAAUACAAGGUGGCUUUACAAGAUAGAGAAGAAGCAGCAACCCAUGCAGAUUUUAAGACAUUACAUAAAGAGCCUACUUUAAAAUCUCCAUCACCUUUUGAGAAGCAAAUGCAUGCAAUAGCUAUGCUGCAAUCUUCUGGUGUUUUUAGAAUUCCAAGUCAUUACAUAUUAAAACGAUGGACAAAAGAUGCAAGGAAUGGAUACACCAGUAGACAUAUGUCAAAAGAAGUUGACCCCAAAAAACAGCAUUUCAAUGACUUGUUUCGAAAAGCCAAUAAAUUGAUUGAAGAGGGGUCAUUAUCUCAAGAGAGUUAUGAUAUUGUAAAUCAUGCAUUGGAGAAAGCCUUGAAACAAUGUGCAAGCAUAAAUCAUUCUCUCAAUGGCACAUCAUAUGAUUUUCACAGCGUUGAUAAAGAGAAUGUUAAUAAUAAUGUGUUGUGUGAUAUCAAUGUGCUUGAUCCAAGAGUCUCAAAUACAAAAGGAGCCCCGAAAAGGGUGAAGAAUCAGAACUCGAAUGGCACAAGCAAAUCUUGGACUAUCUAA